UAAAAGAAGAGAAGCGGGGAAGCCUCCGACCUUUUGGUUCAUGCCUCUCGCCUUCCUCAGACCCUAGUACAGGAGGAGGAAGAGGAAUUCGACGAAGACGAAGCGAAGUCGAGGGCGGGGAAGAAGUGGAGAGAUCGAUUUCUCUCUCUGUCUUUAUCCCUCUCUGUUUGAUCUGUAUUUCAGUUGUUUUCCGACGGAUUUUGACGCGGAUCCGGCAAUCAGCGGUUUGAAUUGUGGUCUCGUAAAUGGCCGCUUGGAUUGACACUAAGUUGCUUACAUAAGAAACUGAAUUAGUUCUUCAGAUUUCUAUCUGCAGCAGAUGGCUUCUCUAAGAAUUACACUUUCAUCUGGGCUGAAAAAUGCCAGCGGCAAUAAUAUUGCUGUGGACAGGUUGCCAGAUGAAAUGAAUGAUAUGAAAAUAAGAGAUGAUAAGGAAGUCGAGGCUACAGUCAUUGAUGGGAAUGGGACAGAGACAGGUCAUAUAAUUGUAACAACUAUUGGUGGUAGGAAUGGCCAACCAAAACGGACUAUAAGUUACAUGGCUGAGCGUAUUGUAGGGCAUGGAUCAUUUGGAGUUGUGUUCCAGGCAAAAUGUCUGGAGACUGGUGAAACAGUGGCAAUAAAGAAGGUUCUUCAGGAUAAGAGGUACAAAAAUCGUGAGCUGCAAACCAUGCGCCUGCUUGACCAUCCAAAUGUUGUGUGUUUGAAGCAUUGCUUCUUUUCAACAACUGAAAAGGAUGAGCUAUACCUUAACCUGGUUCUUGAGUAUGUACCUGAGAAUCUUCAUCGUGUAAUCAAACACUACAACAAGAUGAAUCAGCGGAUGCCAUUGAUAUUUGUAAAACUUUACAUGUACCAGAUUUGUAGAGCAUUGGCUUAUAUUCAUGGAAGCAUUGGAGUGUGCCACAGAGACAUCAAGCCUCAAAAUCUUCUGGUCAACCCACAUACACACCAGCUGAAACUCUGCGACUUUGGAAGUGCAAAAGUUUUGGUGAAAGGGGAACCAAAUAUAUCAUACAUCUGUUCGAGGUACUAUAGAGCUCCGGAGCUUAUAUUUGGUGCCACCGAGUAUACAACAGCAAUUGACAUUUGGUCUGCUGGCUGUGUUCUUGCUGAACUCCUUUUGGAGCAGCCUCUCUUUCCUGGUGAGAGUGGAGUUGAUCAACUUGUUGAAAUUAUUAAGAUUUUGGGUACACCAACGAGAGAAGAAAUUAAAUGUAUGAAUCCAAACUACACAGAGUUCAAAUUUCCACAGAUCAAGGCUCACCCUUGGCAUAAGGUCUUCCACAAAAGAAUGCCACCUGAAGCAGUGGACCUCGUCUCGAGGCUUCUUCAGUACUCCCCAAACUUACGAAGCACAGCUCUGGAGGCAUUAAUUCACCCGUUCUUUGAUGAGCUUAGGGACCCAAACACCCGUCUGCCAAAUGGUCGGUUUCUACCUCCACUCUUUAACUUCAAGCCUCAUGAGUUGAAGGGAGUUCCAACGGAGAUAGUAGCCAAGUUGAUUCCAGAGCAUGCAAGAAAGCAAUGUGCCUUCCUAGGGUUGUAAUUUGUUUAGUGAAUAGCUCAUGCGGACCAAUGCAAGGCCCUUGAGAGCAGUUAACUCACUGGAAUAUUUCUCUCUCCAUUGCACAUAUGAUCUGUUUAAGAAGCUUUAUAGUGAUAUUCAACUACUCAUCAAAUGGAACUUAGUGACGACUUCAUGAUAUUGUGUGACAUGCUAGACCCUCGUUUUAUUACUGUGGGAAUGCUAAAAACGAUCAAUUCUGGAAUAGCAUGCAGUUUUCUUACCUUCGUCUCUGGGGAUAAAGUCUUUGGUCUUCUGCCAUCGAUCUUUGUCAGGUGAAUUUAACUUCAUCACCCACUGGAAUUCUUUCUAGCAAGUUAGAUGUUCUUGACAAUUGUGAAUUUGUUCAUCACUUGUCCGACCGCUAAUCUUUUACAUGAAUAUUAGGAAAAUGUGUUCUCUUGUGCAUUU